UAAGGCGAACUUGCAGCUAAAAGCGCGCCUUGAUCCGCCCCUUAGUCGACGAAAGGUGUUUUUACUUUCUUCUUCCCCCUUUCGUUCCUUUCUGCUUUCGUCUGGGUCGGCCGUUGUAAACACAGCUGACUCGCCCUCCUGCCUCCUCCCGGCCAGCCACAUUGUUCUUGCGUCCACCAUGAGCCGCGACCCCAACAACAACCAGGGCAAGAGGAAGGUGCCGGAGAGCGCGGACCCCUUCCGCGACCUGCGGACCCCGGCCCCGGCGCUACGCCGGCGCUUCACCAUCGCCCCCGGGUCGUUGGGCCCCCUCGCCCCCCUCGCCACGCCGGCCGCCCUGCGCGCGCACCCCUCCACCGUCCCCGCCUGCGCCGCUCCCCCUGCUGCCCGUCAAGACCGUCACGACGAGGAGCUGCUAGACCGUGCGGACCAUCUCUACCAAAACUACAUCGGAGCGGUAGCUAGGAAAUUGGUAGCGCAGAAGGCGAGGGCGCGAAUUGAGAAAGAAGUGGACGAACAGUUGUCGAGAUUGCAACGAGUGCAAAAUGCAAUCAUUGAAGAGGCCAGUCUUUUGCUUAAUAAAUUAUCAAUUUCUCAGUGUUGUGACGGUGUGUCUGAACACCUCAAUUUGUUAAAUGAAGAUAUUUUCCCUCCUUUGCAAGAUCAAAUUGCUUCUAUGCAAGGUCAGUUGCAAAGCCUUCAUACAAACUUGAUCAACAACCUGGAUAAAUUACCAACAAAAUGUCUUCAACCUAUUUUCAUUAUGGGAGAAAAAUUGGAUGCAAUUGCAUCAAGUUCAGAAGAGUUUAUAGGAGCCUUAUCUCAGCACAGUUCAGUGCUGAAAGAUCCAAAGGAUUUGACAGCGACUCUGGCGGAACUGCAGAUUGCUUCAGCAACUAGUUCAAUUUUAUCAAUCGAACAAGAAAGUGUGCUGAAGCUCCAAAAUGAAGUAUAUAGCACUGUUGUUCAGCAGGAAGUACCCUGUGAUUUCUCCAGUGUAACAAUCACCAUGUAAAAUAUAUUUUUGGUAUAAUUUUUGUAAUAGAAUUUGUUGGUUGGUUAUGAAUUGCUUAUGCGAAAAUGAUGUGAUAUUAUGUGAUAAUGUUAAUAAAUAAUAUGGCAAUGUA